AUAAAUUAUCCUCUGAUUACUUUAUAUGUAGUCACAAGUGGCGAUGUCCUAUUACAUCACAUUGCAAUGUAGUACUAGGACGACAGUUAGUGUUUAUUAAAUACAUAAUGGAGUUAAUUCACAUUUUCUUAAUUUUUAGCGUAGAUUUUCUUUCUGUAAUGCUGGCUACUGGUAAACCAGAUCCAUUGAAAGAUGUAAGAAUUAAUGCCAUCGGGAAAAAUGCUAACAUUUCGUGGAAUAUUUCAUUAAAUGAGUGGAAAACUACAAUUAUUAGUCUUUACGAUUCAAAAGGAGACAAAGUUACAUUCGAUUCCUCAAACGCCUAUAAAUAUGUGCCUUUUCCAAAUACCAGCUAUGAAAUUGUCAAUCUAACGUUAUGUGCAGAAUAUGUUGUCAAUAUCCUAUACAAAAACACUGCAGGACAGUGGUCAGAUUUCACCAAACGAAAGUUUUGGAUGACAAAUACCACAGUUACUGCUGAAAUCGAGGAAAAUGUUGAAUUAUCAUGGAGGACCGGUUUUACAGAUAACAGUGCAAUUUCUGUUUAUGCGCCAACUAAAUUAAUAUAUGCAGUGCAGUUUGGCACUUUAAUUCAUAAUUCUGAUAAGAAGAAAUACAAACUAGGAGAAAAAUCAAAGGAUGUAAGCACUAUAAACAUAACCAUCAUACGUGUGGAGACGACUGAUGCUGGGCUAUAUCGAUCAAGGGAUGAUCUAAAUGUGAAUCGGUGCUGUUUAUUAGUUGUAACAACUAAACCAACGGAUCCAACUUUAACCAUUAGCCCCGAGCAUCCAUUUGUCAACAGUAGAGUUAUCUUUACAUGUCAUUCAACAGUGCAAAGAUGGCCUGGGUAUAUACCUUCAAAUUUGUCGUAUCAGUUUUUUGGAAACAGAAGAGGUGAUGAUGAAAACAAUAAGUUAAUAAUAAACACCCUUGCUAAGUCGGAUAAAGGCAUGAACAUAUCUUGUCAGGCAACUGAUGAUCGCAAGAAAGUUUCUAUCAUGAGUGAUGCUGUUACUUUGGAUCCUUAUUAUGGUCCUGACAAUGUUGUGCUGAAACCUGGACACACAACUAUCAAUGUUACAGAAGGAACUACAUUAGGUCCUAUACGUUGUACUGCAACCUGCAAUCCGAAAUGUUUAUUCAGAUGGAAACUGAAUCAAUCAAGAACUUUUGAAGAUGUCCUUUCCGGUGAAACUCUAAAUGUAGAAAAUAUAAAGAAGAAUAAGGCCGGGAUCUACCGUUGUCUAGUUGUUUAUCCUUAUAAUACAACACUUCGUAGAAGAACAGAUAUAUCAGUAAAUGUACAUUUUUCUCCAAAAAUUAGAACACUUUGGUUAAGUGAUAAAAAUUAUACUUAUGGAUCGAGAAGCCCUACAAUCUAUAGUUUCAGUGAAGGCAACCAUCUAACGAUUACACUGCGUAUUGAAAGUAACCCAGAUCCGCAGAUAGUAAUACACUCCUCUUUGUUGAAGUUUCCAACAUUACUUUAUACCAAACAAUCUAAUGAUUUCUCAACAAAACUACCUUCUCUAAGAUGUGAAAAUACAGGAAACUUUACAAUACAUGCUAGUAAUGGGAUAGCGUAUGGAGACAACAGAACAGUCAACUUAGUGAUACGGUGUAAACCUCGGGAUGUUAAAACAGAACGUAAAAUAGGAACAAAGGUCAACACCGAUGUAAGAAUAGUAAUGAAUGUAAUAUCAUUUCCGGCACCAACUGUAACGUGGCUUCGUAAGACUGCAUUCAUUUGGAGGGUCGAGAAAGACAAAUACGAUUACAGACAUAAUAUUAGUUCCACUAUACGAAUUACUUCGAUAGAUGAUUUUAGUGAACACGGAAUAAAAAUAUGCAAUACGUUAGGAUGUAUUGUGGAAAAUAUCACUUUGAAACCGGAAGAUAAGCCAGAAGCACCGCGUAAUUUCUCUGUCGAAACAACAACAUUUAGAUCAGUUAAUUUAUCCUGGAUUGUUGGAUUCAAUGGUGGACACGAGCAAACUUUUUCAGUCCAGUUUAAAACAAGAGAUGGUGGCCAAGAGGUCACAAAGACCGUUCAAACUGAUGACAUUACAACUGGUAGUACGGUAUACUUCACAUUAAAUGAGCUUAAAGCAGACACGUCAUAUCAAGUAAUGGUUUUGUCAACAAACAAACAUGGGAAACGGAAUGCAUCACUUGAAUUCAAAACAAAAGUGGAACCUACCGUUAAAUCGCCUUCAAAAUCAGCUUCCAUGCCCGGGAUAUUAGUUGGUAUUGGAUGUGGUAUUGCAGUUAUACUUAUAAUAGUUACUUCUCUAUAUGUGUUUUGCAGCAGAAGGAAUAGAGGCACCAAAAGCGAAAACGAAAACGAGGAUUCUAAUGAACCUGCAAAUGCGGAAUAUGCUUCUGUUGCUAAAUCCAAAUCCAAAUCUAAAAAGGUACAUUACAAAGAAGACGAAAUUGAAACAGCUAAUGAUGAAUAUGCAGUUGUAGACAAAUCAAAUAAAAAGAUAGAUUACACAGAGAACGACAAUGUAUAUUCAAAUCAAGGCGAUGCAGAUUUGCUUAUACAUCAACCGUUGAAAGCAAAGCCAUCUGGACGGAGCAAAAAUCAGGAUGGUUUGACAUACAUAGAAGUAUCAUUCACAAGGAAGCCAAAAGAUCGACGUCGUAUCAUUGGAGCUGAAAACAGGACUGACUAUGUUGAUAUAGAUUUCACAAGGAAAGCUGAUCCAUUACCAGAUAGCUCAGAUGAAUAACCUCUUUAAAACUGAUUUUUUUACUCGAUUAUUGUUUUAAACAUGUUUGAAUAUAGAAAUAUUUCUUUUAACAGUUUGAAGUGUAUGACUUGUACAUUCACAAAAAUGAUAGAGGAUCUGGAUAGGGUUAACAUAGAAGAGAAUAAUGGGAAACUAACAUAUAAAAAAGUUGUGGAACAACUUGACAGCAAAAAUAAAGGAAUAGAGAUAAAAGGCCUAAAAACUAAUGAACAUAAAAAUGAAGACAUCCCAAUCCAGACCCUCACACUAAGUAUUUCAAAAAGUCAGAUCAAUCUGACUCUAAAUACCCGAAGUUCCUCUUUCAGAUGAUAAUAUUGCUUGUAUGUCAGUCACGCCUUAACUAUAAAGAUCAGCAAUAAAACACAGGAAGAUCUGCUGGGUCAUUUUUGAUUUCGAAUACUUUUAUAAGUCAUGUGUGUGUUUGUGUGUGUGUGUGUGUGUGUGUGUGUGUGUGUGUGUGUGUGUGAGUGAGAGAGAGAGAAAAAAAUUUAAUCUAGAGUUAGUGUUAAAGUGCACACCUUGGUCAUUUUGUUAUCAAGAGAUAGAAAGAGUGUACUACUGUCAUGUAAACAAUGUUUUACUUUUUUUUGAGUUUUGCACGAUACAGCUUUUUGAUGUUUAUCUUUUCAUUUACAUGAUGUUUUUUUUUAAUUAAUGUUAUCAAUAGUUUAAUGUUUUACUCUAUUGUAAAUACAGCUUUCCUGCCCUGAUGAAUAUUCGAUUAAGGACUUCUUCUGCGAACGGAGAAAUCAAAAGUCCAAAUUCGAUUCAUGUCAAAAUUCGAAAUAAUUUAAUGAACUAAAAAUACACUGGAACUCAAUCAAUAAAAUUUACCCUCAGAUCAAUUCACAAACUAUUAUAAUACAAAGAAUGUUGAUUAUUUAAACUUAAUAAGGAAAUGUGUUUCAUUUCCGUUUCAAGUCGAUGACCCGGAACGAAUCUAGAUAUACGACUUUUUUUACCAACCACCAAAAAUAAUUGCAAUAGUAUUUAUAAAAUAUUCUUUUAUAUCGUUAAACAGAAAUGUUCUAUAACAAAAUGCUCCUUAUCAAUUUACAUCUGUCAAAAGUUUUAACAAAUAUUUCCCAUGAUACAUUUACAUUCUAAUAAGUUACAUUACACCACUUUAAUUCAAAAUCCGUAACGCCAUUUUUUUCAUUGUCCAUUAUUGUAAUGAACAUAUCAUUGCACAUUAAACUGAUAGUAUCAUAUACAACUGUCUGUUCAAUCGUUAAUACGUUAUACUCGGUGACUGAACGAUUGACUCAUUCGUGUAUGUUGGUUUUUUUUUUAAUUUAUUCGUUUUGCAUGCAAAUUUAUUUUUUUGUAAGUUUUAUAUGUUUUGUAGCAUGUCUUUGCUUUUGUCGUUUUUCGUUUGGCCAUAAUGGUGUCGAUUAUCUCCGACUUAUGUGUUUUAUUAUCCCCCUCCCUCGUUUGAAUAAAAAGAAGCGGAUGAAACACCACCGUCAAGAAACAAAAUUAAAAGAGAAAAGUAUAAAAGUUGUCCCGUUUAUCAUAUAUUUAGACAUAAAGGUUACCAUGGGAAUGAUAAGGGACUUUCCGUUUUGAAUUUUCCCUGGAGUUCGGUAUUUUUGUUAUUUUACUUUUUACUUACAUCCGUGUAAUUUGGUCUGUGGUGGAUAAUUGUCUUAUUUCAAACGGAAUAGCACAUCCUAAAUUUUACGGUGAUGUUGUAAACCGAGCCCGGAAAUUUAGAUACGAUCCGGGUAAACUUAUCAAUCCUUUAAAUAAAAUUAUUCUAAAAGGUUACCUAUUCAAAACUGUAAUUAAAUCUUUGAAUAUAGUUUUUAUUGGAAUAAAUAUUGAUUUUGUUAUCGGUAAAUUAAAACCAUACUAAAUAUUA